AUGGUUGUUCCAGCCACCAACAAUGUUCAUCAAAACCAGAUUAUCUCAGACAUGAGAUUGUCAUCGGUUGGACCGGCACAAGUGACUGGAUCAGAUGUGAUCCAUGAACCAAGUAAUAUGGAUUUGGCCAUGAAGCUUAAUUACCUAAGAGCUGUAUACUACUUCAGAAGCAGUUCAGUUGAAGGGAUUAGUGUUUACACAAUCAAAGAAGCCACAUUUAGACGGUUUAACCUCUAUUCACAUACUUGUGGAAGGUUCCAGAGAUCGGAAUCUGGUCGGCCGUUCAUCAAGUGUAACGAUUGCGGGGCACGGUUCAUCGAAGCUCAAUGCAGUAAGACCCUUGAUGAAUGGCUGGAAAUGAAGGACUCCUCUCUUCACAACCUUCUUGUUUCCAAUCAAGUCCUUGGUCCUGAGUUGGAUUUCUCUCCUCCCAUCUUUCUACAG